CAGUUCCAAGCCAAAAUAUGAAUGACUCAGAUACAUUUUCCAAUUAGCUCUAAUUCACAGCCAUACAUACAUUCCCGAGAAAGGAUGCCAUGUGUCUGAUGAGGACCACGCCCAUUAGUCAUGGAGGAUUUCCCACUCCGUCGUCGUCCAGGUUUGCAUCGUAGCCCGAGUUUAAAGUCAUUGCAAGAGCAAGACAAGUUUCUGAACUUUACCGACCUGACCGAGCCUCAAGACCAUCAUGACCAUCAUGACGACGACCUCAAAAAGCCAGAUGAAGGCGACACCAAAGCUCGGAAUCCGCCCAUCUUGGAAACCAAGCAUCAGGACACCAUGGAGGACGUGGAUGAGGAACUGGAAGUGGCUCCGGACUACGACCAAUGGACCCCGCGUCCCCGGAUGAAUGCCUUCGUGGGAUUCCUGCGUUUGUCCAACUACGCGUGCUCGUGUCUGGUCAUUUUUGGCGUGGCCGUGUCCAUUUUCUAUCCUUAUUCCCAGGACCGACCUGUUGACGACGAGCUGGAAUUUUGGCAGGAUUUCACCUAUGACGGUUGUCAAUGGAUCCAGAUGAUUUGCUUGGUGAUUGUAGCCGUUCUGAUAGCCGUAGACAGCGUGGCCACCUUCACCUUCCGAUGGAAGGAGUACGGCGAGCUUACCUACACGCAAACCGACGCUACGUCCAUUAUAUUCUUACUGUGCCCUUCAAGGUGGAUCUUUCGGGGCGUGUGCAGUCUCAUGAUGAGCAGUGCUAUUUCACUCCGAGCGGCCCGGGUCAUGCAAGCCGAGGAACUCUCGCCGCAUGACUACGCCUGGUAUUACGGGUCCACGUUGAUGGCCUUGGGAUCGACCCUGGUGGGCUUUAUUUUUAGUUUGUUCCCGUGGCAUUGUGUGCCUUGGCUCCUUGAUAGGUUUGAGUACGCUCACGUGGAAGACAAAGACGAUGUCUGGAUCCGGUUCAAUGCCCAGGGGCGUGUACAUCCGCCCCUUAAACACCCUGAUGUUGAGGACGGAUCGCCCGCUUCCUUAAACGGCAUUAAGUUUCAUGAAACGCAGAACAAGACCCGGGUUCGCCGACCCUCUGCUCCACCUUUGUCUUUUGAUGAACAAAUGUGGAAAAGUACUCGGGAUAUUGUGUCCGGAGUGUGUAACGUCAUGAUAUUCGCGACCUUUGGCAUCAGCCUGAUGAGUCAAAUUUACGCCUUUUUUUCCGCCCUGGACAAAAGAGAGGGCCUGGAGUUCUGGAUUAAUAUUUCCACGUGGAUCACGAAUUUGCUCCUCAUUUUGUGCGCCAUCUUGUACCUGUUUUUCUACGUGGGAUGGAGAUGCCAUUUAUCGCACCAUGUACCUCUUCUGAUCAAGUUUCUAGCUCCCUUUUGCCUCAGCAACGCUGCCUUGGCCGUGUUCAAUGUCUCGGCCGAGUCCGAAUUACCAAGAUAUUACAAAGUCAUCAUGUCCUACAUAUGGAUAUAUUCCAUCGGGAUCAUGGUCAUUCUAGUUAUUCUGGAACAAAGUUUUAUUAUUGGGCCUUACUCUAAGACGAUGACAUCGUUCCGGAGAAUUGUGCGUCUGAAUUGCUACGAAGAAGGGGUUAACAAGAAACUCAUCCGUGUGUUUGACACCUCAGGCAGUUUAAGCGCUCUUGUGGCCUUGGUGUUGGGCAUCACAUCGCUCUUUAUUGAUCAAUAUGAUCUGAACUUUGAGCCAGAAGGGGCAGCCAAAGAGCUUGCUCGUGUGGCCAACGAGUUCCGCGAUACCACUAGAACGGUCACCAGCGUUCUUGACCAACUCAUCAAGACUCUGGAUCGGCAAUUCGAUUGUAAGGAAGUCUUCACUGUCCUGGGGACGGGCGCCACUUUGACUCUCUUUGCCAGUUUCUUCCCUGGCGCCGGAGGCGUGGCGAGUUUGGGUUCUCGAUCCGCCUACUAUGGAGUGCGCACUGCCAACGCCUUCACCAACCUGGCCCGAAGGCUUCGGAAGUCGAAGAAUAUCAUAUGGCAAGUCAGCAAGGCCGUUUACGUGGUUCAAAAGUUUACCUUAUCCAAUAUGAAAAACCUUAUCAAACUCAACUCAUACGGGACAUUGGUCAAGCUAUUGCCGUUUUUACCGCCCGUGGUAUUGGGCAUGUAUGUCUUGUUCUCGGCCUUUUGGCCACAAAGGGUGCUUUUCUUCUCCGCCAAACAGCGACGGAAAACCAUGGCGGGUAUGUUCUAUACCUGGCUCCUGGGAUUGAUUUUGCUGAUCGUGGCCAUCACCGUCAACACGUACGUCGUGGACGAAGUCGUGUUACUCAUCAGUGACAUGAUACCCAUUGGGGCCAUUCAUGUGGAGCGGAAGUUGGGCUGGAACCUGGGCAUGGCUGCCAGUGCUUUCUCUCUCCUGUCAGUGGUGUCUUUCCUCAUAUCGUCGUUCAUUUUGAAAUGGCAGACCCACACCAAUCACGAGAAUAUCUCCAAUGCCGAGCUAGAAUGGAAAGAGGAACUCGAGAAACGAGAGAUGGUCACCAUUCAUACCGGGAUUGGCGAGAAGUACGAGAAGCGCACUCAAAUCAAGUACAAAAAAGAGCGAUUGGGCCCGUGGAACUGGAUGGUGCCCAUUAUGCUGUGUCUCAUUUCCUUUGGAUUUGGAUGCUUGGGUAACAUUUAUCCCAAACUUCGAUACGAGAUCGAGCCCAAAGGUAAAUUUGGGCGUCUCAUCGAUAGACUGAACGACCAGAUGAACUUUUACCAGAAUGAUAUGCAUGAUGUUAAGAACGAUACCUCCAUGGAGUGCUUGCCCUAUGCCACUUUCCACGCUGUCCUGGAUGAAUACGGGUACAAGAAUCCGCUGAUGAGUCCAGUUCAUCGAUUUUUCAAUGAAACAGAAAAGCUGGUGAAGCCUCUCAAGGAUGUCCUGAAAGGCGUGCGAAAGCAACUCCUGAUGAAUGUCCAAGAGGAGCUUUUCGGAACCACUAUCAAGGAGUUUUGGCAAGAUGCCAACCUGGAACUCUUCAGUUGGAUCUUUUUGGUGCCUCGCCUAAUUUGCUUGCUUAUCCUAAUAUUUGGCCUCCUCACCUCUAGUUUGUACGUGUGUCAAAUGCGAAUCAUCCAAAGCUUGGAACCUCGCAAAAUUGUAAAGGCCUAUGGGCACGUUGCCAUGUUUUCCCUCAUCUAUGUUUUGGGCACAGAGUUUGCCAUCUACAAUCUCAUUUCAACCUUUGGUAUUCCCUUUUACCACAUCACCCUCCGGUUCGGCCUUGGAUUCAUCUAUGAUCUCGUGGCUGAUUUUAUCCUCAUCAGUGUCUAUUUUGGAAUGUCCAAUCAACUCUUUUUUGCCAUUCCCAAAAGAAAGGUCAUGGUGACCUAUUCUGUCCCCGGUGCUUCCGAUUUGGGGCCCAAUCGCCCAGGACAAAUAAUCUAACGCUCUACGUGUGAUGAGUAAUAGUGCACGAUAUUUUUUUAUAAAGUUCAUAAAGAAGAUAUAGUUAUAUACCAUCGUUUACAUCAGAAUUCGCAAGAACUAUUUUUUUAUCGUUGAAAUCGUAUGUUGAAAUAUGACCGCCUGGAUUUUAAAUAUCACAAAUGAUUCACAGGA